UAAAAGAAUACGGAGGAUGAAACAUAAAGAUGUAUAACAUAAAUCUGUAACAAUCCAAAAUAUCAAUAAAAAUUUAUUUUAAAAAAGAAAGGAAAGAAAGAAAGAAAGUUUAAAUCCCUCUGGUCACCCAAAUCGUCUCAUAAGACAAACAGACUUACACUACACUUUCGUGCUGCACAAGUCUGCAAGGUCGAGGGCUGCCAUAUCCAUGCUGGAACUCUGAUGGAAGCUAACCAACAUUGGCUCCACCCCAUUCUGUGCUGGCAUCUGGUGAUUUGCACCCGAGGGCAUUGUGCCUGCAAUGGAGAAGGGAAAAUAAUAAAGUAGUUUAGAAACAUUCCCUACCUGAACAGUAAUUUAUACAUUUUGGUAGUUGAGUAUAGGAUGUCAAGGAAACCCAAACAAAAGAAACCCUAGCUUGGCUGCUGAGAGAGCCUAGGAGGAAAUAUGGUCAUUCAAACAAUUGACAUAAAUAGGUUCUACUGCUAUUAUUAUUCCCUGUGCAGAAUUUCAUUACAAAUUCUGCUCUUGUUGGGAGGCCAAUCCUCCAGGUCUCCUGAAAAGGACCCAAGAAGAAACUGUGAUGUACACCCAAUCUGUUUUGCACCUAAAAUCUCAUCCAAGACAGAAGCUAACAUAAAGAGGAGAGCUACAUUACACUUGCUGCAUCCUCAAGAAGCCUACGUACUGCAUACAUCUGCUGCAUUCCAAUGGCCAUGAUGUUCUUGGGAUUCUCCCUGUGUAGCUAUUCAAUUCUUCCAGGUUAAGGCAAUGCCUGCUCAUUCCAUGUACAUAAUGCAGAAAAUUGAGAUUUAGAGAGGAGAAACCUGCUCUGCUACCAAUCUCCAAAUGUGUUGACUUCUGUGUCACUUUACAGAGAUGGUGUACAUGUCACACACACACAAAUCAUUUUUAUUCGCAAGAAAAAUGUCAUGACUUUUGAAGCAAAACAAAACAAGAUGACUAAAUGUAGAAGGGAGCCAUUCAGUCCAUUCUGGGCUGUUUUUUUAAUGAAUGUUGCUCAACUUGGAUUUGUCAAAAGGAACUUUAAUUGAAAUGUUAAUUUUGUUUGGAUUUGAUGGGUUUAUUUGUCCAAAAAUUGUGUAUGGCGCCUCAAUUAGGAGAUUAAAAAUCAGAAGUAUAAGCAAUACCCCAAAUGACAACUCUGCCCCUGAGUUAUAAUUUAUAAGGGAGGACUCCACAGCUGUACAAGUUUGGAUGACAGGAUGUCAGUCAGAUAGCCUAAUACCAAACUGAAUGUUUUAUUUUCAAAGAACCCCUGAAAACUACCAAAAAACCGAGCAUGUGUUUAAGACUGUAUCUUCAAAACUGUAUGUUGAAUUUUUCAAUUCUAUCCGUCAGGUUAAAAUUUUUGCAUAGCAAUGCGAGAGACUGAAGUGAGGAACGUGAAUUUCCUGUCACCAUAUGAAGUAAAUUUAGCAGUAAGAAGUGUGCGGAAAUAGAAUGGAGCGGGCUGGGUUGAUAUUCGCUGGUGAUUCAGAUGUAUUCACCUAUCAAAACAAACCCUUGCAUUUUUGUGCAUAUGUUGUACUUUCCUCCGGAACUUUAAUUCAGUUUUUUUUUACCACUUGCACAGAAGAUGCCCCUCUGUCUGGUUGUUUAAACUCAUUUGACAGGGUGCUCGAAUCACUAAGUCCAAGCGUGAUGCUUUUUUCUACAGCUAGGACUCCUCCUGAGACCUUUGAACCUUUUUGUGUUGCCUUCAUGAUCCCGGUUAGUCAAAGCUCCCCCUCCCUCCUCCCCAAGGGAUGCUCUGUUAUAACAGGAUGACACACAUGGAUUCAAAUUAAAAGCUUAGCCGCCGGCAGCGGCGACACCCAAACCUCCCAGCCACACGGAAAGAGGCCAGGGAGGGUGGGCUCAUUCUUGGUACUUCCAGGCAUCGGCUGGGGCUGGGAUGCAUCUCAUCCCCCAUCCCACCUCUCUGGCCACGGCGCAUGCGCGGUCGGCCAGGCCCUGCUCUGCCUGCCUGAGCAGGUGUAGGGAUGGGCUCCGCGAUGGAGCCGAGGCGGCGGGGAUGCCGCGGAGCCCCAGCCUGGGGGUGCCGCCGCCUGCUGCCCUUCCUUAGCGCCCUUCUCUGCGCUUCCGGGGACACCAGCGUCGGCCCGAGCUGGUUAAAAACCUACGGUUAUCUACUUUCUUCUGACACACGAAUGUCUGCUCUGCACUCAGGAAAAGUUAUGCAGUCUGCAGUUUCCACUAUGCAGCAGUUUUAUGGCAUCCCAGUAACAGGAGUGUUGGAUGAGACCACUAUCGAGUGGAUGAAGAAGCCUCGCUGUGGUGUUCCUGAUCAUCCCCAUUUAAGCCAUAGACGGAGGAGUAAACGAUAUGCACUAACUGGACAGAAAUGGAGACAGAAGCAUAUCACGUACAGUGUACACAACUACACCCCGAAAGUUGGAGAGCUUGAUACCAGGAAAGCCAUCCGACAAGCAUUUGAUGUUUGGCAGCGGGUGACUCCACUCACUUUUGAAGAAGUUCCUUAUCAUGAAAUUAAAAGUGACAGGAAAGAGGCAGAUAUCAUGAUAUUUUUUGCUUCUGGUUUCCAUGGUGACAGUUCUCCUUUUGAUGGAGAGGGUGGAUUUUUAGCCCAUGCUUAUUUUCCUGGACCAGGAAUUGGAGGUGAUACACAUUUUGACUCAGAUGAGCCAUGGACACUGGGAAAUUCUAAUCACGAUGGAAAUGAUCUCUUUCUUGUUGCAGUGCAUGAGCUUGGCCAUGCAUUAGGCCUCGAGCACUCCAAUGAGCCCAGUGCCAUCAUGGCUCCUUUCUACCAGUACAUGGAAACACACAACUUCAAACUGCCAUUGGAUGACCUUCAAGGAAUUCAAAAGAUUUAUGGUCCUCCUGCUGAGCCACUGGAACCCACCAGACCUUUACCAACCUUGCCUGUCCAUAGAAUCCAUUCCACUUCAGAAAGAAAGCAUGACAGACAUUCAAGACCUCCCAGACCCCCGUUAGGAGAUAGGCCAUCUGCCCCAGGCAGUAAACCCAAUAUAUGUGAUGGAAACUUCAAUACAGUGGCUCUAUUUAGAGGAGAAAUGUUUGUUUUUAAGGAUCGCUGGUUUUGGCGACUCCGGAACAAUCGUGUACAAGAAGGUUAUCCCAUGCAGAUCGAACAGUUCUGGAAAGGGUUGCCCGCAAAGAUUGACGCUGCUUAUGAAAGAUCUGAUGGAAAAUUUGUGUUCUUCAAGGGAGAUAAGUACUGGGUUUUUAAAGAAGUUACUGCAGAGCCAGGGUACCCACACAGCCUAGUGGAGCUGGGCAGCUGUCUUCCUCGUGAAGGGAUUGACACAGCUUUGCGAUGGGAACCUGUAGGCAAGACCUACUUCUUCAAAGGAGACCGGUAUUGGAGGUAUAAUGAGGACAAGAGAGCAACGGAUCCGGGCUACCCCAAACCCAUAACUGUAUGGAAAGGGAUCCCACAAGCCCCACAAGGAGCAUUUGUUAGCAAAGAAGGCUUUUAUACCUACUUUUAUAAGGGUAAGGAGUACUGGAAAUUUGAUAACCAGAGGCUAACUGUGGAACCAGGAUACCCCAGGUCAAUCCUCAAGGACUGGAUGGGUUGCAACCAAAAGGAGGUUGAACGGAGCAAAGACAGGCGCCUCUCUCAUGAUGAUGUGGAUAUCAUGGUGACUAUCAACGAUGUGCCUAGCACCGUCAAUGCAGUUGCUGUUGUGAUCCCCUGCAUUUUAUCUCUGUGUAUCCUUGUCCUGGUAUACACAAUCUUCCAGUUCAAGAACAAAGAGGUCCAACAAACUGUGACCUACUACAGACGACCUGUCCAAGAAUGGGUAUGACAGGCUCAGCGUUUCAUUCAGACUGAUGUAAUGACAGGCUUCAGACAGUAAAAAGGGGGAUCAAAGGAUAGCCUGCCAAACACACACACAAAUAAAAACUCUUGAAGAGACUUGUAUGAGUCAGACAGAAUUCUGGGAAUGAGAGAACAGAGGACAAAAAUCAAAUAUACCCAGGUGGCCUUGCACGGUGGAGCCGCUUUCCUUCUGACUGCCUCAGUGCCGUGUGUGUCUCGGUGUGACAUUUUUCACUGACCCACUCAGUGAGUGUCGGAGACCUCAAGAGGAGUUUGCUUCAACCUUUUUUCAACUCACCCGAGCAAUCUUCUUCAGUGCCCUCUUUUAAACCCAGCAUUUGCCAGUGUAGCCAACCACCUCUCAACAAUCCUGUUUUUUCUACACCUGUCUCAUCAAAAAAAGGUAAUUAAUUCUGUGGGAUACAAAGGAAACACUUAAGUACCUUCUGACGAAGACAUUCUAAGGCUGAGUCAUUCUGAAAGAUUUUAAUUUAUUACAGGAACCAGGCAGUUACCUGGAUACUGUUUUUUCCAAUACCUGCUGGUCAGAUGUUUUGUACAUUCAUGGUAAUUAGUUGAUACUCCCACUCUGCCAAUGCAGAUACGUACAUAUGAAGAGCUCUUAGGAGGUAAUUCUGUGUAGACCACAACUUCAAACAGCUCUAAAGCCAGAUCAAAUCAUAACAGCACUAGGAACAGAAAUUCCUUAAUUCAAAUAUAGUCUGCAAGACUAAGCAAUUGGAUUCAACCACGAGUGAAUGCAGCCCUAAAUGCUUUUGUUUUUAAGAACCUGUCAUGUAAUGAAUAUUUAAAUGUCAUAAUACCACUAUUUUAAGUUGGCAACAAUAAAUUGUUACUGUUAUAUGAUUAACUAUAAAUUCUGUGAUAUUUUCAUCCCUUUAGAGAAGUGUUAUGUACAUUAUUACAGAGAUUUUUUAAUCAAGAUUGCAAUUAAUGGUUUGGUUGGGGAAUAUGAAAUGUCUAAUGCUAGAGCGAGGAGAAACAAAUCAAGAAACUUAUGUUUGAAGUUAUUCUCAACUUAUUGUUUGGAAAUUUAGUUUUGUAUUGAUGAAAAGUAACUUUCCUAUUGUAUCCAAGAAUCUAAUUGGAAAGCAAACUGCAUGUCACAUCUAAGAAUCUAUUUGGAAAGGAAAGCACACCAUAAUGUGGAAGGUACAUAUCAAUAUUUUAGAAAAAUCAGUAUUUCAGUUAUUCAUAUAUACCAUAAAUUGAUGCAAUACAUGCUUCUUGAAGACAAAA